ACAUUUUGAAAAAGAAAGAAGAAAACGGAAAGAGAGAAUGAUAAGGAUAAUAGAGAAAGUCAGAGGUUAAAGGACGAUGGAACAUCGCAAGCAAGAGCGUGGAACAAAGAGAGCUUGGACGAGACGAAGAGGACAAAAAUGAGAGAAAGAAAGAAGGCUAGUGGAAAGGUGCGACGAAGAGGAGCCGAACGAACGGGACCACGUGACCACCGGGCGGGGGUGGCAGGCGACAUUUCGCAUGCUCAGAACUGCUCAGCACAGGCCGCCUGCAACGUAUCGCACACACACGGCGCGAGGACCCGCCGAUACAUCUCAAUGCAACGCGCCGGGAAACGAUGGUAUUAUAACGAGUCCAUCGUGAGUGAUCUUCGCCGGGAAAGCGUUUCCCAGUAGAAAAAAAAAACCGUCGUACCGGGAAAAUUGAAGGCGUGCGAGCGAGUCUCUCUCGCAAUCUCGCGAGCGUGGCGGUGAUCCUGUCCGGGUGCAGGACAUCUGACUCUGCAAUCUGCAUCCCUUGCGCGAACGGGCGGAGCGCUGAUCUUGCGAAAGAUCCGUCCGCGACUCGGACGAGGCUCUCCGAUCGAAACGACGUGGAUUUCAUCGUUUCGACGACGUAUCGCGUAUUCGACGGUGUCUCUACUGUGUGUGCCGCUGUGUUGUAUGUGUGUGUGUGUGCGCGUGCGUGUGUGUGCGCGUGUGUGCAUGUGUAUGUGUGUGUGUGCCGGGCGGUGCGCAAAACGUAACGCACGCGUAACGUAGGGUGGUGGUUGAACACGCACAGCACGAUGUUUCCGUGGUUCUGGAAGAUGCGAGGAAAGUGAAUUCGGACGAAAAAAAAAUAGCGAGUAAAUGCGUGAAUUCCGAUACGACGUAUUUACGCGCAUACGCACGUAGUAGAUAUACGUGCGCGUUACGUAUAUUCCCGCCGGGAUAACGAUGCUGUUGUCAAGAGGCAAUCGUCGACGGCAUCCUUGAACACGUUUGUCGGAGCACUCUGUUUCGACUCUGGAGCCAACGACGGAACAUAGAGUGAUAUGUUAACCGAAGACAAUGAUCCGACAAAACCAGCAGGGGUUUUAGACAAUGCUGGCAACGUGUCUUCCUCGACAGAAGCCUCGGUACAGCAUCCUCGCGCCGCAAACAAUGAGACCGAAGUUAAGAACGAGGUGCAAGACUGUCCUGAAAAUGAUAGCGUACCUGGUGGUGAACUGUAUAUUGAUGAGAGUUAUCCAGAUUCGAUAGAAAAAGCAGAUUACGGAUCCCUAUAUGGCGCCAACCAAUAUUAUAACAGCUUAUAUAACUCGCCACCUUACGGAUCAACGACAGCUUCGAAAAACGCAUCGAGCUUGCAGAGUUCAUACUUAAGCUCUUAUACAUCGCCAAGCUCGAUGACGCAAUAUCCGUCCUAUGCCAGUUACAAUAGCGGGACAACAACCUUCCCAAAUAUGGCGCAAAAUAUAUCAUCGGCUUCUCAGAAAUUAGAUUAUAGCGCUUACAGCAGUAGUUUAUACGGAAACGACAGGGUACCGCUCCAGUAUUCCGGAUAUUAUCCUGUGGCCGGUUAUCAUGCACCACCUACUUCAUUUAAUAUCGGAAACAUCAACUUCGCUGAUUCGACCAAGUCGCUCACAUUGGACGCAACGACGCACGAUGCAAGCGAUCUGACUGCACGGGAAACCACAAAUAUUGAAGUGGCAACGACGAAGCCAUGCAGACGCGGAAGGAGACAGAGCGGAAGUGGAAACAGUAUCGGUUCCGCGGAUACGACGGAAGCCGGCCCCGAGCGUAUAUUUAUUUGGGACCUCGACGAAACCAUAGUUGUGUUUCAUUCCCUGCUAACCGGACAAUUCGCCACUAAAUACCGUAAGGAUGCAAGUCUUCUAGCUCAAGUGGGGUUCAGGAUGGAGGAGAUGAUAUUCAAUUUGGCGGAUACGCAUUUUUUCUUCAAUGAUGUCGAGGACUGUGAUCAAGUGCAUAUAGAUGAUGUUUCGUCGGAUGACAACGGACAGGAUCUGUCAUCCUACAAUUUCGCGACUGACGGUUUCCAGUGCGCGUCUGCAAACAAUGGGAUAUGCCUGGCAUCCGGUGUGCGAGGAGGCGUCGAUUGGAUGAGAAAGCUAGCGUUUCGCUAUCGUAAAAUCAAGGAAAUCUAUUGUAAUUAUCGGAAUAAUGUGGGUGGUCUCUUAGGGACAGCCAAGCGCGAACAAUGGCUACAACUGCGUUCCGAGAUCGAAAUGUUGACCGAUAAUUGGUUGACGUCGGCAGUAAAGUGUCUGAACAUUAUCAACAAGAGAAGCCAUUGCAUCAAUAUUCUAGUAACGACUACGCAGCUGGUACCCGCACUCUCCAAAGUUCUGCUAUUUGGCAUCGGUGGAAUAUUUCCUAUAGAGAAUAUAUAUUCGGCUUCCAAAAUCGGAAAGGAGAGUUGUUUCGGUAGAGUGGUUGCCCGAUUUGGCCGUAGAUGUACGUAUGUGGUAAUAGGAGACGAUUCUGACGAGGAAACAGCAGCGCGAGCACACAACUUUCCCUUUUGGAGGAUAAAUAGUCACUCAGACACUCAAGCCCUCUAUACUGCCUUAGAAAUGGGAUUUCUUUAAUCAAAAGUAUAUAUGAAAAUCAGUCUCUACCAGAAAACAUUUCGGUCGUAUGAAAAAUUGCAUGACGUGUAUUUCUGUGCGAUUUACAAAAAAAAACUAGCGAAAAAGCUAUGCUUAACCAGGGAAUGGAAGAAUUACUAUUCCGUUACUUUUUCCUUUUUUAUAAUAACAAUUUGAUGAUGACGUAAUUUUUUUAUA